GUCAAAGCAGAUCGGCGAUAUAAAAGGAUCUUCAAGCUGAAGUACAGUGUUAAACCAGUUGAGAACGGUGCUACGGCAUGCUCGCUUCAUUAAUUCCGUUCUUCUUAGUCGCCCGCAUAGCGGUCGACGAAAGCGCUUGGGAACACGGCCCCGAAUAUGUUUUUGACGUAGAGUGGAACAGUACCAGGCACUCAUCGAGUCCUGAUGGGAUACAUUUGACCGAGUCCGCCACCACCAAGCUCUACUGUAGGCCGACAGGGUCAGACGGGUUAAACUGUCACCUGGAGGUGAACAAAGAGUUGGACAUGAUGAGAAAGAACAAGGUCGACAUACCGGAGGAGGAUAAGAGAGACAUUGCCGCGGACCCGUUCGAGAUCAAAUUCAAUGACCGCGGGGUGGAUCACAUGAUAGUGAAUGACCAGAUACACGUAUACGAGCUGAACAACAUGAAAUUGAUAGUCGAACGGUUCAGCAUCGGCACCGAUUUGAACGGUUUGCCGGACGGGACGUACGACAUUAUCGAGAACAGCACGAUCGGUUGUUGCAACGGGACGAUCACGAUAAAUCAUUAUCCGUCAAAGAGGAUGAUGAACAAGAUAAAGAACGACCGAUACGAAUUGGAAUCGCUGCCGCAGUUGAACAAAGUGCCCAGCGAGACUAUAAUGAUUCAGAAGACGAUCAAACUGGAUAACUGCAACAAUUACGCCUGCUUCUACUUUGGGUCGUACUCUAAAAAAGUGAUCGAACCGGACCUCCAGUCACAUCUUGCGAGUGUAUCCAGCCGUAUUUUCGUCAGCGACUAUCAGUUUGUUUCCACGAUGAUAAGAACGGGCACUUUUGGUUCAAGUGAUAAGAAAAGUGUGGUGGAGAUCUCUCAACAUAUAACUGUAUCUCUGCAGGACAUUCGAGCCGCGAAAGGAGAUCUGCCUAAAGUCCCUAAUGCAGCAAAAACUAGUAUCUUGGCAAAUGCGGAAAUGGAAAGGAUCUCCCCGGAAGAAUAAAUUUCUAAAUGACUUGUUUAGAAGAAAGGAUAUGAUAGACAUAAACAUAGUCCUACGCGCUACACUAAAGAUAGAAAAAUAGAAGAAGCUGUUAAAUAUGUAAUAGAAUUAAAUUGUUAUCUAAAACAUAAA